AUUUGCCUGCACAACGUUGUUAGUGAUAUAGGAAAUAACAAUGGCAUCGCUUGACAGAGUGAAAGUGUUGGUCUUAGGAGAUUCUGGCGUUGGGAAAUCAUCUUUAGUUCAUCUGUUGUGCCAAAACCAAGUGUUAGGAAAUCCUUCAUGGACAGUGGGCUGUUCUGUGGACGUUAGGGUUCAUGACUAUAAAGAGGGCACCCCAGAGGAGAAGACCUAUUACAUUGAACUGUGGGAUGUUGGAGGGUCUGUUGGAAGUGCCAGUAGUGUUAAAAGUACCAGAGCAGUUUUCUACAAUUCAGUUAAUGGCAUUAUUCUAGUCCAUGAUCUAACCAACAAGAAGUCCUCCCAGAAUCUUUAUCGCUGGUCAAUGGAGGCAUUAAAUAAAGACUCCUCUCCUACGGGGGUCAUUGUGUCCAAUGGGGAUUAUGACAGAGAGCAGUUUGCAGAGAACCCCGUCCCUCUUCUGCUUAUUGGCACCAAAUAUGACCAGAUACCUGAAAACAAACGUAAUGACGUCCUGACCCGCACCGCCUUCCUGUCAGAAGACUUCAAUGCAGAGGAGAUCAACCUGGACUGCACAAACCCACGUUAUUUUGCUGCAGGAUCAUCUAAUGCUGUGAAACUGAGCAGAUUUUUUGACAAAGUUAUAGAGAAGAGAUACUUCACCAGAGACCCCAGUCAGAUGACGGGCUUUACAGACAGGAAGCGCUUCAACUUCAAGAGCCUUCACUAUGACUGAACAUGGGCAAAUACCACAGAGGCUUGUGGCUUUAGUAAUGUUUGUCUAACAAACAUACCACCCCAUCUCAGUUUCAGACAUGCCUCUCACUACUGUUCAUGAAAGACUCCACAUAUUUUUUUGGCACCUGAUAUCUCCCCAAACUGCUAAGAAGGGUCCUGUAUUGCCUAUGUUUGUGUUAUGUAAUGUAUAAACAGUCUAAUUUGACUAUUCCCCAUUUUCACUUAAGAGAAGUUUAACCUACUUGUUUCACAUCUUCCUCAGAAUCAGGAUCACAGUUGUUUGCUGAAAUGAUGAAAAUCAGUUUUUUUGUUGUUGAUUAUUGUAAUUUAUGCCAUUUCAUAAAUUUGCAUUUUGCUAUAUUAGCAAAUUCAGAAGACUGUAUACAUGUAUACGUUGGUGUUGGCAAGCAAAGUCAACGGACGAAUAAAGACAGAUUUAUGAUGAAA